ACAAACUUUGAAUUCGAUACUUUAUUCGAUUACAGAGAUGAAGACGAGAGAACGCCAAGGUUCAGUGAUGAGUAUGGAACCGGUUUUGACCUCGAUCCUGAUAAAGCACGAGCACAACCUCCAGCUUCAACAAAGAAAACAUUCCUCAACUUUUUUUCUAGAACGAAAAAGCCAUCCUCAGUGAAGAUUGGUCGAGGAGGUAUAUCCCGCUCAGCGUCUCGACGUUCAGGAGGACCCGCCCC